AUGCGUCGUCCAGUGAAGAAGGACACUUCUCAAUUGUUCGAGAAUAGCCGCUGGCCGCGUCGACUGCUUCAUGUUCCCUCCAUGACAUCGUACCCCUGGCAGCCCGGCAACAACUAUGGCACCCACAAAGAGCCAAAAUACAACGCCAUUUCGUAUACUUGGGGCCGGUUUUACGUCAGAAACACCGAACCAGAAUAUGCCUCGACGCCAUACCUGCAAGUCAAGGGCGUACCUUGGAACAUUCCGCGUAUGAGGCCCUCACAAUUUACGGCGGACGAAUUUCAUCAGCUUGUUAUCAAUGCUGCCAAUCCUCCAGCUGAAGACGGCUUUGAACCGGUUGUGUUUGUGUGGCUGGAUGUUGCAUGUAUAGACCAGACAAAGCCCCACACAGAGGAUUAUUACAAGGAAGUGGGCAGGCAAGCCAGAAUCUUUGAGGGCGCAAGCGAAGUCAUCGUAUGGUUGACAACUUUUCGCCGCGCAGAGAUCAAAGAAUGGUGGAGUGGUUUAAGGAAUAUUGAGAGACCCGUGAUUGGCGUUGAGGUGGGAGCUCACCAAAGUCCCGACUUGGAUGCCUGGACAGAACACGUUCAAACGCAUCUCCGAAGACUAAGAGCUGAUCCGUGGUUUUCAUCUCUUUGGACGCUGCAGGAGGCAUUUCUAAGCCCACGAGCGAUUCUCAUGUAUAGAGAUGGAACUCAUCGAGACCUAUUUGCUUUCCAGAGCGCUACGCAUGUUCAAUCGGGAACGCUCAAGGAUUUUAUUUACCGCUGGCAUGCUAUCCUUUUAAAACUGAGGAAUAUUCGGAUUGGUCAUACUUAUCAAGGCGUAAAAGUUGACAUGGAGAAAGUAAACGCCCUAGAAGCCGACAUCAAUAACCUGGGCUUAUUGGAAGCGAUGAGGCUAGACGCGCAGAUAUUUAAAGCCCUCGAGCUCCCUACCGCUUCAAAAUCUCGCGCAUUGCGAAUGGGGAACCCCUUGGCACUUCUCAAAGCAUCGCAUCAGAGGCAGUGCUACGAAAUAACAGAUCGCGUCCGAGGCAUCAUGCAGGUUUUUGACAUGCAGCUAGGCGAAUCGUCGCCGAACGCCAUCCCUGGAAAGAAAUACAGCUUAUCAGAACUUGAAGAUCAGCUCGGCGCCCAAUUGCUACGGAGAUAUCCGAUAUCCAGCCAGCUCAUGGUGCAAAGCCGGUCAUGUCAGCCUCGAAAGGCCUGGCGAGUAAGUCCAGAGAUGAGCCUGACGGAUGAAGCUCAUCUGUUUUGGCGCCAGAAGAUGGACUCGGACACGUCCAUGGAUGCGGAAAAGAAGAUGAUUACCAGAUCCGGCGGCGCUCGUCUCUAUGCCACAACAUUCGAAGACACUGUCAUGGUUCGAUUUGACGGCAAAUACACAACGCUAGAGACUUUCUAUCUAGUUACACAGAACGUUGUUGGUACUACUAGGACGGCUUUGAGACUUAACCAAGGACUCCACGAAGAGUUCCGAAGCGCCAUGACGAAGCCAUUUGAUCAGAUCACAAUAGCAGACGAAUUCCAAUGGCUGCAUAGAAGCCGAAAGGGUCGUAAUAUUGGCAUCUUAUUCCUGGCGCGCAUUCAGCCACCUUCAAAGAGCUCUCGAGCCAAGGGCCAGAUUUGGUGCGAUUGGGGCAUUGGUCUUGUGCUCUGCCAAGAAAAAGGCAGGAAUGAUGUUUAUGAGAGACUCGGAGUGAUCAAGUGGGACGUCUGGGAGAUUAAAGACUUGAUCAAGGCGCGCAAAAUGAAGCUCCAAGCUACGCGUAAGGUCUCCGAUCCUUUGUCCUAUCUGCAAACAUGCGAUGGGCCAGGCUGGACAAAGAUUAAUGGGCACUUUGGAUGA